AUGGGUAUGCCAAAUCACUUUCUGAGAAACCCUGGAAAAGUUGCUCACGGACGAAGAAAUAGCAAUCCAUGCAUAGGCUGUGCUAUGAAAUUUUUAAUCAAAAUGCUCAACUUUAUUUUACUCUCGUGCGGAAGCAACAACUCGCUGCAAGUCGGAAACCAAAUUUUUGUACCCACGCGGCGACGCUUAGUUUGA